AUGUUCGCCAAACACGCGAUUCUUCGGAAGGUCAACCGCCGGAACUUCAAGACCCCCGACCUGCGCACUUCCUUCACAAGGACCACCGCCUUUCGAAGGGCCGAUACGAUCAAAAUCAAAACGACCGAUGGUGAGGUGGUGCAGGGACGGGGCCGGAUCCGGCGCCGCACCCACAGCGACCUGAAGUCCGCGAUCGACGCCAUGGAGCACCCGGCGAUUUGGCUGUGGUACCCUUGGCGUAAAAACCCGGAGCCGCCGACGCCCUACAUGCCCUCCCGUCGGGCCCUCAAGAACGUCCACGGCGCUAUCUUCACCAACCUCACCCCAAUCCAGCAGAAAAAGCAGGAGCAAAUGCUCUACGGCGUCAACAUCCCCGCCACGCGCGAGAUGCGGUUCACGCAGGAGCACCCGAUGCUCGCGCAGGCCCUGCACCGGCUUCAGGGCCAACCCGUGGGGUUCCCCUUUUGGUACCGAAAAUACCCCACCCGGCGCCACGCCUACGAGCGGCGGUUUAGCCUCCCGGCGGAGAUGCUCGAGGCCUCCCCCCCUGCCGUCCGUGAGGCCGUUUCGGGGAAGAUGAUGAGCCUGCGGGAGAAGCAGUUCGUGCAGGAGGCGAUGUAUAUGGAGCGCUACGCCGAGCACGACUUCGACACCACCAGCCCCGCCGUGUUGGCGGUGAAGCGGGGGCUGAAGAUGCGCGUACUGCGGAACCACCUCUUGACGAACCCGCAUAAUAAUAUUAUUAAGGUGGUGUUGGCGAAUACUGAGCGCAAGCUCGCGCACGCGCUUCGGCGGCUGCGAAAGGUGGAUUUCCGGCGCUAUUGGGAGAUCGUGCGGGACCACGACGUGCAGGACGUCCUGCAGCCCGCCAACCUCGUGACCUAUCGCUACGGGAGCUACUGGCACUACGACUGGAACGCCGGGCUCGCGAUCAGCACGAACCUGCCCGACGUACUCGACCCGCGAGGCCUCAACGGCUGCGUGGAGACUGGGCGCUCGCGUAGCGAGGUCGCCCGCGAUCUCGGCCUCUCCUACACCCGCCCUUUGCAGAAUAACGAGAAGAAGCAGCUCGCCCAGCAGGCCAUCUACUAUGAGCGGCUCGCGAAGUUUAAGCUCGAGCAGCCCCAGGCCGCGAGAGAGCAGGAGCGGGAGCGGUUCGUGCGCAAGUUCUCGGGCAUGUUCUUGAAGUUGGAUAUUAAGUCCGGCGCACCGGACUUCCCGAGUACCUAUCGUAAGCUCCUGGGAACAAAGGUGAUACGAUGGGCUUCAAAGCGGCACGGUCCGAUGUAG